GGCUUUGGUAAAGAUAUAUAGAUUCUCCACACUGUUAUCAGACCCAAAGAUUUCCAACUCAAUCCUUCGAGACAAAGUAACAUAGUCCAAUUUACUAUGAUAUCUUUUUCUUUUUGGUCGUCCUUCUUUUUUGACACCUUUUUCUCCCCUUCUCACUCAUCACCUUUAUCUUCAACACCCCCGCCUCUCUGGGCUUUUAUUCAUGUUUUAUGUCAUUGACAUACUUACAUGUCUUUAAAGCACUGGUGCUGCUUGAAUCACACUGAAAUCCUAACCAGAUCGUUCUUCCACUUUCCAGUUACACUCUCUGAUAAUGGCCAAGGAAGCUUCUCUGUGCGUCUUGUUUCUCUUCUUCCUCAUUAUCUCCUGUUCUGGAUCUCUGGUGGGUUUUUCCUACCGUGAGAGGGGAGACACUUCAACUUCUGCUAAAACCAUAUCGUUCCUCCAGCAAAAGAACGUUUCCAUGUCUCAGAUUCGAAUUUUUGUUACAGAUCAUAGGAUUUUGAGCAGUCUCAGCAAUUCCAUCGUGCCAACUGAUUUGUACUUGAAUAGAAGUCAAGUUCAAAGUUUAAUUACUUCAAAACCCUCCGAACUAAAAGCCCAUCUACUUAACUUUCUCCAACAUUCACGCAUCAAAAGCAUCAUCGCUAGCUGUGGCAAUGAGUGCUUAGCACAAAAUGAGAUGCCUUUGUUCUCACGUGCUUUGAAAUCAAUUAGUUCAGUUCUCAGAGAGCUUCAUAUAGGGAGGGAGGUAAAAGUCUCAGUAGCAUUUCCACUUUCAUACUUAGAAAAGUUGAACACAUCGCAUGAAAAUAGUAUUCGCAGAAUUCUUUCAUUCAUAAGGGAAAUGAAAUCCUUUGUCAUGGUAGAAGACAGCAUUGAUGGAGAAUUAAGCAUGGAGAGUCACUUUGAUCAGGCUAUAAUCAAACGAGCCACUCUUGCUGCUUCCAUUCUUCCUUGCAAAGAUGUUCCUAUUGUUUUAACAAUGAAGAGCAUAGUUGCCUCCACUUCAAUGGAAUUAGCUCAAUUCAGUGAGAGGGUAUCCAAAUAUCUAGAAGCAAAAGCUCAUAUUACAAAAAGAAUAGCUGCAUUAUAUGCAGAGGUUCAUAGAACAGAAGAUUUAGCAAGUAAAGAACUAAAAAGGGAAGAGGAAGAACUGUUUCCUGUCUCCCGCAGAGAGAUGCUAAGUGAAUCCCACAAAAGGAGAAGUCUAUUAGAUGAUACAACCAGUCCAACAAACGUAGUUUUCCCCACAAAUCCAGCAUCAUCCACUCCAAUAAUCACACCCCCAGAUACACCAACCAUCAUCACAGUUCCUGCCACAAAUCCUGUCACAAUUUCCCCUUCCAAUCCUGCUGGAGUGCCUGUCACAGUUCCUUCUACCACACCUGUGACUUUUCCUCCCACAAAUCCAGCCAAUACACCAGUACCAGUGAGCAAUCCGGCUACAACAACUCCUGUAGGGAUACCACCCCCAACAACCAACCCUGUGACUUCUCCACCUUCAUCAGGAAAUGUUCCUGUCACAAAUCCCCAACCUCAACCACCUCCUGCAAACACUAAUGCUCCAGUCAUUCAGGGACAGAGUUGGUGUGUGGCAAAGCAAGGAGCUCCUGAAGCUUCUCUUCAAGCAGCACUAGACUAUGCUUGUGGAAUGGGUGGGUCAGAUUGUUCUCAAAUUCAGCAGGGUGGGAAUUGUUACAGCCCAGUUACAUUGCAGAACCAUGCCUCUUUUGCCUUCAACAGCUACUAUCAAAAGAAUCCAGCUCCAACAAGCUGCGACUUUGGAGGGACUGCCACCUUAGUUAACACAAAUCCAAGUUCGGGUUCAUGCGUUUUCCUAUCCUCAUCGUCAUCAACAACAGCAACUCCAAAGUCAUCACCCCCAACACCACCUACACAAUCAAGUCCAACACUACCACCACCAAGUCCAGUAACACCUACAUCAAUUCCAACAGCACCACCAACAACAUCAGUAACAGGCCCAUUUGGGUAUGGCACCCCACCUUCAGUGUUAAAUUCAAGCAACCCCGCGUCAGGUACAAUGCCAGAUUUUGGAUCUGAAAGCCCUCCUGUUGUAAAUACAACAUCAGCCUCGCAUUCUAUGAGCUUGAGACCUUCUGCUGGCUACAUUCUUCUGAUGGUAUCAUAUGUCACUAUGAGACUUGCUAUGCAUCCAUAGAAUGAAAUGCUCAAUAGUAUCUGUAGCUGUACGUUGGAGUUGUAAUGUAGCAUUCUAUAAUAGGUGCAGAAAGAUGUUAGAGUAAGAACGGAACAAAAUAAGGUUAAGUGAUUAUGAGUGAUGUAGUGAAUUUAGCUUAGGUGAGGGAAAUUUUAAUAGGGAAAAUAAUUGCUGCUUUAUGGUAUCUAGGUUGUACAACAAACUAUAAGUAAUAUUAGUCAUGUACAUAGUUUUUAAAAGCUUGUAGUUCUUUUCA